AUGCUGAGAAAAACAACUCAGCAGUGUUCUGAACCGUUGGCGUUGACGCUGGCGCUCAGCCCCGAGGAGGAGAUCAUGCGCUACUGCAGCCUCUGGCUGUGGGACUACCUGCGUCGGGUGGUGGCCGCCGGCAGCGGCAUUCAAGGUUUCAUUGUCCCGCUCAGCGGCGGCCUCGACUCUGCCUCCGUCGCCUGUAUUGUCUUCUGUCUGGCGAAGCUCCUCCAUGAGGCCGUUUAUGGGAGAGGGGACAAGGCGGUGGCAAAGCAGUUGAAGCCCAUUUUCGACUCGGAGGCGCACCCUGGGGCGACGCCCAACGACAUUUGCGGACGCCUCCUCCGUUGCGUCUACCUCCAAAGUGCCUACAGCGGCGCGGACAGCCUCGAUCGAGCAAGGUCGCUGGCCGCGCUGAUUGGCGCCCAGUUUGAGUGCUACAACUUUGCCCACCUCUACGAGACGAUCGUGAAGACGGCGCCAAGAGGUGUGAAGCCUAUCGAAGCUGAUAAGGGCGGCGUGACGCUGCAGCAGCAGAAUGUUCAGGCUCGCCUUCGCAUGGUCCUCACCUACUACAUGAGCGAGUGCAAUCGGCUGGUGCUGGCGACGGGCAACGUCGAUGAGGCCCUCGUCGGCUACCUCACCAAGUACGACUGCUCCUCUGCGGACCUAAACCCAAUUGGCUCGAUCAGCAAGACCGAUCUGCGACGGUUUGUCGCAUUCUCCGCCGGAAUCAUUGGUCCAAAGGCUUUGGAGGAUGGUAAUCCACUGCAACGCAUUCUCGACGCGACGCCCAGCGCCGAACUGACCGGAGAGGAGCAGGCCGACGAGGAGGAUCUGGGACUUAGCUAUGAGGAGCUGAGCCUCUUUGGGCGCCUCCGGCGAGGGCAGUUUGGCACCUACGGCCCCUAUGGCAUGUUUGCGAAGCUCUGGGAGGACCGACGGGCGGAGUAUNCAACCGCCACAAGCAGACCAUUCUGA